AUUCACGUCUUGUAAACAUUGUAAACUCAAACAAAGAUAAUAAUAUAGUUCGUAAUUUUAUUAUAUUUUCAAUUGUUACUUGUUCUUAUUUUCAUGAUUAUUGAUAGUAAAUGUCACGCUAUUGAUUUCACCCAAGUUUAAGACCUCUAUGUCUAUAACCUAUGAUAAUUAAAGCAAUUUAAUAAUUACCACCGGCUCUCGAUCAUUAAAACCAAUUUAAUUCGCUUAGUACCAUUACAACUAUUCACUGGUGUAUUUUGCAUUUACCGUGUGUAAAUUCAGUAUAAAACAGCCCUACUACUACAAAAGUUGAUCGCCUUAACAGUUUCCAUCCUGACUGCGACGAAUUAAAACAUAAGUAUGAUCAAUGUUUUAAUGUAUGGUUUACUGAACAUUAUAUGAAUGGACAUUAUAACAAUGAAGGAUGCAAUAAAGUGUUUGAGUUGUAUACAGACUGUGUAAAACGUGGUAUGAAAGAAUACGGAUUGCAAUACGAACAAGCAACUACUUUACAUUUGGGAACUAACAAAGAAAAAACUACACUCACGGAUACAGAAAAGCCAAAAUAGAAUAAUGAAUAACGAUAAAAAGAUAGCAAUGAACAAUCUAGCGGAAAAAAAAGACAUGCAUGAACUGGAUAACUCAAUAGAUAUAGAAUUGGAAAAGCUGAAAAUGAAAAAAAAAGAAAAAGAUGAAAUUAUGAAUGCACUACAUCAAUACAAUGAUAUUAAAGAUGCUACUCAAGAAGUUUUGGGAAGACUAGCUAUUCUAGAAGGAGUAACUGUAGCAGAAAUGCAUCGAAAAUAUAAUUUACUUGAAUCUGAUUGAAGAUUACUAUUAUAAUUAAUUGCAUUUUUAUAAAUUAGUAUAUUUGAUAAAUAUUACUUUCAUUAUGGUAUUAAAUAAAAAUGUGGUUAGUUUGUUUUAAAUUUGCUCAAUUAUUUUUAAACAAGGUUUUGUAUAUAUUCAUUUAAUUGUAUUUAUUAUGUUUUAAUGAUAGAUAUAUGGAUACCGCAACUAUUCACUUAAAAUUAAAUUAAUUGAGGUUUUAUUGUGUUAUUGAUUUAUAUCUACAAAAAAAAUUCUAUUUUUAAAAUUCUAUAAAAAUUUUAAUUAAGAUUAAAAAAAAAAAAAUGCUUUUUCCAACAGCAAUGCUCAGAACAUUUUUAGGUAUUUGUACUCCUUAUAAAUGUAACUAAAUACAUCUUUUUCAGUGAUAUAUUAAUGAUAUUUGAGUUAUAUAAUUUAACAAAUUUAGUAUUACCUCUAAAAAAUAUUUAUAUUUUUAAAUAUAUUAAUUAAACUAAUGCCAAUGCAUUUAUUGAUUUUACUUUGAAACAUUGCAGUUGUACUUAAGCAAUUCUAGUUACUUACUACUUAGUAAAUAUUUAAAUAUGCUCAAAAUAAGCUUACAACAUGUAAUAUUAACAUUUAGUAUCAAUGCUUACUUAAUAUUAUAGUAAGAACUUUUUAAUGUAAGUCAAAUACAUCCAUAAACAUGUUCGAAUUAUUUAGGUAUCUAAUUUUAAUUUAUAUAAUCAAAAUUAUCUUUUUUAUUAUUAUUUUACAGACAAUUAAUUAUAAGAUAUUAAAAGGAUGUGGCACCCGCAUGUGUUGACUCCGUCUCACAUACAAACAAGUUACAACAUAGCAAAUUUUUGUUCGCCAGUUUUUAAUAGUGUGCUGUCAGUUUUGAUAUCAGAGUGAAUAUUAAACUAUUAGAUAAGAAUAUUAUCCAUGUUCUCUUGUUGGUUUUUUACAAUAUUUUAAUUUUUAAGUGAAUUAUGAGCAUUUUCAAAUAUUAAUAUUAUACCUUUGAGUGUAAAUUGUACAUUUAUACAAUAUAUACUCAAUUAUUAUACAUACUCAUUAAUUAUACGCUUGUAGACAUUGGUAUUAGUAUUACUAAGUUAAGUAUUACUUAUAACUAACUUAAAAAUUAAAAUAACGUAAAAACUCAACCAGAAAACAAGGACGAUGUUCUUACCUAAAAUUUUGAUAUUAGGUCAAUUUACUAUAAUAUCAAAACUGACAGCACACUAUUGAAACUACCAAAAGAAAACUUUGUGUGUAAAACGGAGACAACAUAUGCAACAUAUGCGGGUACCACGUCUUCUUAAGCUGAAUCUACAUUGUACAAAAUUCUUAGUACCUAAUCUAAUUCUUUAAAAUAUAAUUCUAAAAUACAAUUAUUAUUAUUGUACAUUUGGUGCCUUAGUUUUAAUAUAAAAAAAAGUUGAAAUAUA